AUGAGAACAGGAGGAGAGAGGACAGGGGAGGAGGACAGAAGGAGAGGACAGGGGAAGAGGACAGGACGAGAGGACAGGGGAGGAGGACAGGAGGAGAGAGGACAGGGGAAGAGGACAGGAGGAGAGAGGACAGGGGAAGAGGACAGGAGGAGAGGACAGGUGGAGAGGACAGGAGGAGAGGACAGGUGGAGAGGACAGGAGGAGAGGACAGGUGGAGAGGACAGGAGGAGAGGACAGGUGGAGAGGACAGGAGGAGAGGACAGGAGGAGAGGACAGAAGGAGAGGACAGAAGGAGAGGACUGGAGGAGAGGACAGGAGGAGAGGACAGGAAGAGAGGACAGGUGGAGAGGACAGGACGAGAGGACAGGUGCGGAGGACAGGAUGAGAAGACAGGAAGACAGGACAGAAGGAGAGGACAGAAGGAGAGGACUGGAGGAGAGGACAGGAGGAGAGGACAGGAAGAGAGGACAGGUGGAGAGGACAGGUGAAGAGGACAGGAAGACAGGACAGGUGGAGAAGACAGGUGAAGAGGACAGGAAGACAGGACAGAAGGAGAGGACAGGAGGAGAGGACAGGUGGAGAGGACAGGAGAAGAGGACAGGAAGACAGGACAGAAGGAGAGGACAGGUGGAGAGGACAGGUGAAGAGGACAGGAAGAGAGGACAGGUGGAGAGGACAGGAGGAGAGGACAGGUGGAGAGGACAGGUGAAGAGGACAGGUGGAGAGGACAGGAAGACAGGACAAGAAGAGAGGACAGGAAGAGAGGACAGGACAGGAGGAGAGGACAGGAGGAGAGGACAUGAGGAGAGGACAUGA